AUGAAUGCCUUACAGAUUGACAAUGAUAGUUUGAAAUCGAAUUUGACAAAGUUCUUGGAAAUUGAAAGUUUAGGAGUUGAAGAACAUGAAGUUUAUUACAAGUUUCAAAACAAAGUUUACCACGAUGGAGAAAGAUAUGUAGUAACCUUACCGUUUAAACCGUUUCAUGAAACUCUUCCAGAUAACUAUUCAAAUAGUGAAAGAAGACUUGAUUCCUUAAAACGACGACUUGACAAGAAUGAAGCACUUCGACAUAAGUAUAAUGAUAUUAUUAAUCAAUACCUAAAUGAUGGAAUCAUUCAGAAGGUUACAGACACUAGGUGGCCAGGUAGAAUUCAUUAUAUGUUACAUACUGCUGUUAUACGUUUAGAUAAAGAAACAACGAAAGUGAGGAUAGUGUUUGAUGCAUCUUCAAAAUAUGGUAAACAUCCCUCACUAAAUGACUGUCUUUAUUCUUGUUCCUGCUUAUCGACCUUGUUAUUUAAUAUAUUAGUUCGAUUUAGACUUCACAAGAUUGCUUUAACAUCGGACAUCAAACAAGCAUUUUUAAAUAUUGGUAUUAGUCCCACAGAUCAAGACUAUUUACGUUUUAUUUGGUUUGACGAUGUAAUUUCAAAGAGUCCACAGAAAAUAAUAUUUUGCUUUACACGUGUUGUUUUUGGAUUAACAUGUAGUCCCUUCCUACUCAAUGCAACAAUACGAGAACAUUUAAAAAACUAUGUUAAAGAAUUUGAGAGUUUUGUUUUACAGUUUCUUUGUGACUUGUAUGUUGACGAUACUACAACUGGAUUUAAUAAUGUUGCUGAUGCCUUUGAAUUUUUUAAAAGAGCUCAUAAAGUGAUAAAGGAUGGUGGAUUCGAAUUGGGAAAUUGGACAUCUAACUCAGAAGAAUUAAUGAAUCUUAUAAAGUCUUAUACUGAUCAAACUAACAAUAUGCGAAAUCGAAAGGUGUUAGGACUAAGUUGGGAUACAAAGUUAGAUGAUUUUAGUUUUUGUUUUAAUGAAUUAGUGGAAGCUUGA